CAAUUUGACGCUCAGUUCGUCUGGCGCGCUUCUAUUGGCUGGAAGGUCGUGAUAACAGAUUAGGCUCGAGUUGCACUUUCGCGAUCGAAACUUUUCAACAUACAUUAUUCUGUGUCGCGGCUGCAGAGUUUCCGCUUCUGUACAUCCUGCUGAUUUUGGACAAAUCAUUUGAAGAUAUAUGGAGGACUUAAUGAAGUUUCGCUGAUACUUGGGUCGUGUUGGCUUGCAUUCCAGACAAGCUGAAUAUGAGUUGGCUAUCGGCCUGGUGCUUGGUCCUAGCUUCAAUACUUACUCAUGUGUGGUCGUUGCGUCUGGACGCGAUCAUAGUGCCGCCGUACGUGUUGCAUGGCGAUGUGGUGCUGAUGAAGUGCGAAUUCGACCUGGAGGAGGACAGCCUCUACUCGGCCACAUGGUACAAGGACCACGAGGAGUUCUACAGAUACGUUCCCAAGUCAUCACCAACCCAGCACCGCUACAACAUGGAAGGAAUCACUGUCGAUUUGAAGUUGUCAGAUAGCAAACAAGUUGUGCUGAAGAACGUGAGCCUGAAGACGUCUGGUCUCUAUCGAUGCGAAGUUUCUGCCGAAGCCCCAUCAUUUACGUCAGUGAGCAACGAGGCCAAAAUGGAAGUUAUCGCCCUCCCUCAAGAGCCUCCGCAAAUCUCGGGAGAACAGAAGGUGUAUCAAGUUGGUGACGUAAUCAAUUUGAACUGCACGUCGGCUCAGUCAUUCCCGCCAGCCCGGUUACGUUGGUACGUCAACGACAUUCAGGUUGGUUCCGACUACGAAACAGUGCUCCAACCACCGCAUCCUUACAGUCUGCUGACAACAGUGGCCGGACUACGUCUGCGCGUAGCAGCUGGCCACUUUUCGGACGGCGGACGUCUGCAGGUGCGGUGUGUGGCCACCAUCUCGACGGGGGGCGGCUCUGCCCCCGGGCCCCCUCCAGCCCCCGCUCCAGCCCCCGUGCAACAGCAUCGGUUGGCCCCCCUUGCCUCCACACACCAACCGCCUCUUAUCGACUACAACAAGGAGGCGCUUUUUCUUGUUACUGGCUCAGGCAGAAGAGAAACGGCGCAAGUUGUACUUCUGGCCACAGCAACGCUCCUAUCAUGGCUAGUAACGUGACUAUAGAGCUGUUGGUGAAUGACGAACAAACUAUAUUCAUGAAUGAACUUGCUUAUAUUCAGGUGAACGAGUGAAAAAUGUGUGUGCGUGUGAAUGCUGUAUGAAUCGGACCGGAUCGGAUUAUCUCUUCAGUUGUGAAUGACUGGCUCCGAAUUUCAAACAAUUCUGUGAAAAAUGAUUAACUUUUUAUACCUCCCAUUUCUUGAUAGAUAAUAAGCUUACUAUUUUAAGGAAACAUAUGUGAAAAUCGUGAUUGUCCUACUGGGGACUUUUGAAUUGUUACUGUUGUAGACAUAAAAAUAAAUGGAAUGACUUUCGA